AUGGGGCGGGAGCUGCCUGAAUGCGGAACCAGACAGUCUAUGGUGCAUAAGUCCUGUGGUGCUUGGAGCCCAGGUCCCUCUGAAGUUUGGGUCCUGUGGAGUUUGUUGCAGAGAUGCUGCGACAAAAAAAAUCCAUACUCUCUUAGAAGCUUACAGAAAAAAAGAGAGAAGAACCUAACCAGUGGAGCAGUGAUUCCAGUGGGAGCUCCACAUGCAGCUCUUGCCUAUGCCGAUGGCUGCAAAGCCACAAGAGACUUUGCAUUCCUUCUGGAGAAGGUGGAUGUCCAGCACAUCCAGAAGGCUCAAGCCAUCCCUGUCCUGCAGGAGCUGACCCAGCAGGUCCUCAUCCUCUUCAGCUCAAAGGACUCAUCUGCUGCUUGGGAGACAACCCUUCUAGACACAUUCUGCACUGGCCUCCACCAGCAUCUCAGUGACCUGCAAGCCUGUCUGAUGCAGCAGGUGGGGGAGCAGGAACCUCCCAUGAGCCAGGAAGACUCCCUGGUGGCUGUGAGGAAAUACUUCCACAGGAUCACUGUCUACCUGAGAGAGAAGAACCACAGCCCCUGUGCCUGGGAGGUGGUCAGAGCAGAAGUCUGGAGAGCCCUGUCUGCCUCAGGCAACAUGCUGCUUGGGAGACAACCCUCCUAG